ACCAGCCGGCGUCUUCCUGCCCCUGUCACAUCCAACAUGGCUGCCUCCAUGGUGACGGCCUGUGGCCGUGUAUGCCGCCGGGGAUCCUACGUCCUGGCUAACUGCUCGGCGGUCAGAUCCAAGCGCCACUGCUCUUCGACCGCGCGCACCGGGCUGCUCCUCGCGAUGCACAAACGGGGCAUUUUAAAGGACGCCUUCCCAGAAAGCGCGGCGCAGGACCAGCUGCCGCGGCUGCUGCAGUCCGGCGCGCAGACGGUCUACUGCGGCUUCGACCCCACAGCCGACAGCCUCCACGUGGGCAACCUGCUCGCCCUCAUCGGCCUGUUGCACUUCCGCGGCGCCGGGCACCACGUCCUCGCCGUCCUCGGAGGCGCCACCGCGCAAAUAGGCGACCCGAGCGGCAAAGCGAGCGAGAGGGAGCGGCUGUCCGCGGACGCCGUGGAGGCGAACACGCGCGGCAUCCGGGAGAGCAUCCAGAGGGUUUUCGCCAACUACGAGCUCUACUUCCACGACAGCUCCAGGCACCUGGGCACCGCGACUGUGGUGAACAACCUGAGCUGGUACAAGCGCUGGGACGUGGUGGGGUUCCUGUCCGAGGCCGGCAGGUUCUUCCGCAUGGGGACCAUGCUCAGCCGCCACAGCGUGCAGUCCAGGCUGAAGAGCGCCGACGGCAUGAGCCUGACGGAGUUCACCUACCAGGUGUUUCAGGCUUACGACUUCUACCACCUGAACCAAGUAUACGGCUGCAAGAUCCAGCUCGGAGGCAGCGACCAGCUGGGCAACCUGAUGUCCGGGCACGACUACGUCCACAAGGUGUGUGGAGAGGAGGUGUACGGCCUGACCACCCCCCUGGUGACCAGCUCUGUUGGGGACAAGCUGGGGAAGACGGCGGGCAACGCAGUGUGGCUCAACAGAGACAAAACGUCUCCCUUCGAACUCUACCAGUUCUUCCUCCGGCAGCCUGAUGCCAGUGUGGAAGGGUAUCUGAAGCUGUUCACGUUCCUGCCUCUCGCCGAGGUGGAGCGGCUCAUGGAACAGCAGAGGCAGGAUCCGGGGAAACGCCUCGCGCACAAACGACUGGCCGCAGAGGUGACGAAGCUUGUGCACGGGAAGGAGGGCCUGGAGAGCGCCAAGAGAUGUACCAACGCACUGUACCACAGUAGCGUGCAGGCCUUGGAGGAAAUGAGUGAUGAGGAGCUUCAGGAGCUCUUCAGGGAGGCUCCCUUCCAUGAGCUGCUGUUGGAGCCAGGUACCACGGUGAUAGAUGCCUGUCGCAGGGUCAAGGCCAUACCAGAGGGACCCAGAGGGUAUCAAAUGGUUUCAGACGGAGGUGUGUGGAUCAACCAAACGCGCACGGACAAACCAGAGCAGGUGCUGGUCCCUAAGCUUCACAUCCUGUCUAAUGGACUUACAUUGCUCAGAGUGGGCAAGCGGAACUUCUACAUCAUCAAGUGGCUCAGCCUCUGAGAGGCACCAGGGUUCCGUUAUGGACUGACUCAGAAGGUAGGCCACUGCACAUCAGCAGGCAUUAAAGAGGGGCUGAGGACCUUCACUGGCCUUUGGUAGAGCCAAGGCCCUACUUACUGUAUAAAUAUGUAUAUAUGCAGAUGUGACAUUUAUCUAAAGCUGAGCUAUUAAAAAGCGUUUCAUAUGAA